AUGGUAACAGAUCUGGGAUUAGAUGAGGAAAUCAAAUUAUAUACAAAUAAUAAAGAAAGAGAAAAGUAUGAAUUAUUAUCAGAUUUAUAUGCAAUAAUUGUUACGAUGGAACAUUUAGAAAAAGCUUAUAUAAGAGAUUUAAUUCCACACACAGAAUAUACACCAGCUUGUGGUAAAUUAAUAGCACAGUAUAAAACAGCCGUGAAUCUCGUUAAUGAUUCUGUUCCUGAUGUAGAAAAAUUUAUGAAAGAGUACAAGCUUGAAUGUCCUGCAGCAGUAAAUAGAUUUAAGAUAGGAGUUCCUGCAACUGUUGAACAUUCUACUGGAGCAGGGCAUGAUCCUAGUAAUUCAGCUCAAAAUGUAGCAGAAACUGUACAGAAUUUUAUUACUGUUAUGGAUGUUCUUAAACUUCGAAUAAGGGCAGUUGAUGAAAUUCAUCCAUUGUUAAGUAAUUUAAUGCAGAGUUUAAAUAAAAUGACAUCUUUGCCACCAGAAUUUGAAGGAAAAGCCAAAAUUAGAAAUUGGUUGAUUACUUUGAAUGGAAUGAAAGCAAAAUAUAAUUACGAGACACUUUAUUCAUGUAUACUUGUGAGUAGAAGUUGGUUUCGCACUGUUGCACCAAUACUAUGGAAAGAUCCAUUCCAUUCAAAAAAUAGCAUGAAGACAAUGAUCAGGUGUUUAUCAAAGGAGUCAAAAGAUUUUUUUGUGAAAAAUAAUAUCAAACUAUCAUUUGAAGUAUUGGAUGAUGAUAAACUACUACUAUGCAACUAUUCAGAAUUUGCUAAUGAACUACGAAUGGAAGAUACAUUAUAUGAUAAUAGUCUAGAUUUGAUUGAUGAAGAGAUUGAGGUGGUGAAGAAAGAAAAGUGGUAUUUGUUACUUAAAGAAUUAGUAAAAUUUAUCAUGACUAAUUCCCGAAUAGAAAGAAUUUUCUUACAUUAUUUGGAGCAUUUUUUGUUGCUUGAACAACCCAAAUUUAAUCAAUGUUUCUCAAAUCUUAGAGAAUUGGCUUGUGAUGAUAAUGUUAGUCCAAGAUUGUUUCAUUUAUUGGCACAAACUACUGAUAAAAUAGAAAUACUUGGUUUGGAAUUUUACAAUUAUAAAUCAAAUAUGGGAUUGGUUGAAUUGAUUAGAGCACAGAAACACAUAAAGAAAUUAUUAUGUUUCACAUCCAAUGACUCCAUACCUAAAUUAGUCAAAGAGGCAUUGCUUCUUCACGCAAAUAAUUUAGUGGAAUAUACUAAGAAAAUCAAUGUUAAUUUUGAUGGACAAGAUUGUGUAUAUACUUUGAGUAAAUUUUUCAAAUUGAAUGGCAAGAACCUUAAAGUUAUUCAGUUUGAUGGAAAGAUUGAUGAUAUUCUACCAACUUUUGAAGAUUUAUUUUGUGCUUUGAUGACUGCUUUACCACAACAAAUAAAAAUAUUAUCAUUUAGACAAAAAUGUUUACUUUUAGAUGAUGUUUUAGAAAUGUUUUUCAAAAAAUGGACUGGCUAUGCACCAAUUCGUAUUGAAAUUUUUAAUGGUGAUGAGGAGGUGGUUUAUGAUGAUAUUGGAGACGAAGUUAAAAUGAUUGAAUUGUUGACUCAUUAUAAAGAAAAGGGAUUAUUAGAUUUCAGUGUCUUUGAUUCGAUUCCAAAAUUUGAUAUUUUCCUGGAAUCGUUAUAA